AACGGAUCAUCAUGGCCUCGGAUCUCUCUCAGCUAGAAUCAAGGUACUGUAAUGCAUGCCAGAAGCAGGAGGUUCUACCUAAUUCUUCAAUCUUAUCGUGUCUAUCAAAAGCUUUUGGCAAUAACAGUUAUGUCCAAGCUGCUUUCUUUCUAUCUUUGGAUAUGGUUACCUAUUCUAAGUAUCCUUUCCCGGAUUUGAGGGUUGUUACUUGUUAACUGGGGGAACCUGAACUGUAUAAUGGAACUUCUUUUUGGUGUCUGAUACAACAAUGUAUGAAACUAGUCCACAGAUACACUUUGCAUACUUUGAGGCUUGAAGGUUCAAAACCUUAUUAAGAUGCAGAAUAUGAGUGAAACAUCAGAAAGUGCACUUUGAACAAUGCUCUUUGGAAAUCUUGAUUGACAAUUUGACAUUUUCCGACAUUCCUCCACUUAUAGAUACUUUAUCAGGAAUCAGUUCAUCUGAUGUUGAUGCAGUUGAUGUAAGUCAGAAAUCAUCUGAUGUUUCAAUAGAUGGGGAAUCUCUACUACUGUUACUUCGUGCAGUCAACCAUAAGCUUCGGGCUGUUAAUUUCAUUAAUUCAUCAUUUUGGAAAGAUGUUUUGCGUGAUAUUUUCCAGAGAGGUACAACAUGCCAGGUUUUGAACUUGCGCUUCUCUCCUAUUCGGAAGCUCAACAUGACAGGGAAAUUCAUGGAAUUACACACACUUAAUUUGGAUUUUAGUGUUCAUUUGAACAGCUUCCACAUCAAUUGUUUUAGUUGUAUGCCAAAGCUGAUGCGGCUCUCAAUGUGUGAAACAAGAGUAGCCAAUCUAUGGAUGACAAGUGCUGCACUAUCAAAACUUCGUUCUUUGGUUGAACUUCGCUUUCAAACUUGUUUGUGCUGCUUUGAUACUGGGCCAUGUCCAACAUCUGGUGGAGUGAUCAGACUGGGAAAUGAGAAGAUUUUCUCUGAUAAGCAACAAUUUUCUUCUUACUUAGGAUCAAGAUGUGUGGAUAAUGAUGACAUGUUAGAACAGACUAUGGAACACUCUACAGAUGACAAUCUUGGUAGACUUUGCUCUGAUAAUCUCUCAUUUUUAAAUCAUGAUUCACUGAAAAGCACUACUCAGGUGUUAUCAGAUGAAAGUGAUUCAGAAUUUUCAAGUGAUACAAAAGAGGUUGACAAUUUGAGAAAAAUAUCUGAUACUGUUAUUGAGUUUAAUAACCAGGCCAAUUCAAAUGUCAUAGUAAGCCCAUCGAAACAUUCUACACCAUCUAGCAUUAUUUCUUCAGUACCAACUCUUAUUCCAACUUUUGAGGAGGUAAUGUCUUCAAGUAGAAGACUAAAUGAUAGUAACUCUUUUAUUGGGCAUGCAAAUGCUGAUGAAUUUUGUUGUCAGCAUAACUAUAUUGAUAAUUUCACUAUCACUGAAGAAUUUUCUAAAGAUGAAGGAUCUUUGACUAAUAGUCUGAAGGUAAAAAAUGUUACAAUGACCUCACUGAAGAAUCAUAUUUCUAGUCAUCCUUCACCAAUUUGUUUUGAGACAUACUACAAAGAAUAUAUGAUAACAUCACUGCCAAAUUUAUUAGUUUUAGAUAAUUUGCCUAUUGGAGAUGUGGAACGGGAGCAAGCCAAAUUAGUCUUUAAGAGAUAUUUUGAGUGUGCACCAUAUAACAGACAAGGAAAAGAUUCUGUUGUCAGUAUCGUUCAGAGACGUGAAAUCAGCAGUGGUGUUUUCUUUCAGAGAUCUUCUAAAGUGAAGCAACGGUAUCUUAGAGAAAGUAAUCACUCAUUCCUCAGGUCACUUUCUGCUGCUAAAGUAAACUCAUCUCCACAGCCUCAUUCACAUUCAAUUUCCAAUUUUAGAAGUGGUCCAAGUGAAGAGACAAAGAGCUUUCGUCCAAGGCAAUUUGAGUAUCAUCCUACAGACCCAAGACUUAUGGUAUUUGGAACACUAGAUGGGGAGCUUGUGGUUAUUAACCAUGAAAGCGAGAAACUUGUUGGUUAUCUUCCAUCAGUUGGUACGACACUAAAUAGCAUUUUAGGCCUUUGCUGGCUUAAGAAGCAUCCAUCUAAGCUCAUCGCUGGUUCGGAUAAUGGUUCUUUGCAAAUGUAUGAUGUUUGUCGAAUGCUGUCAAAGGUCACUGAUCGAUAUUGCAAUAUGGAUGCUUCUAUGCACACAUUUGAUGAUUUUGAGCAGUUAACAUCUGUCCAUAUAAAUUCAAAUGAUGAAUAUAUUCUUGCAAGUGGAUUCUCAAAUCAUGUGGCGCUCUAUGACAUGUGCAGUGGAAGGCGUUUGCAAAUUUUCAAGGACCUUCAUAAGGAACAUAUAAAUGUUGUCAAGUUUGCCUACCAUUCACCCACUUUAUUUGCCACUGCAUCCUUUGAUAAAGAUGUCAAGAUGUGGGACUUAAGGCAAGGUAUGUCACAGCCUUGUUAUACAGCUUCAAGCUCUAGAGGGAACGUGAUGGUUUGCUUUUCUCCUGAUGAUUACUAUUUACUUACAUCAGCCAUAGACAAUGAGGUUAAGCAACUAUUGGCUGUAGAUGGAAGACUUCUGACUUCAUUUGACAUUACCUCUACUGGACAUGCUCAAAAUUAUACUCGAUCUUACUAUAUGAAUGGAAGGGAUUACAUGAUAACUGGAAGCUGCGAAGAGCAUGUUGUACGCAUAUGCUGUGCUCAAACUGGAAGGAGGCUUAAAGAUGUUCAUCUCGAGGGACGGGGUUCAAAAAAUUCCAUAUUCAUACAAUCUUUGAGGAGUGAUCCAUUUAGGGCUUUUCACAUGAGUAUUUUAGCAGCUCAUUGGCACCCAUUUACAAAAUCAGAGAUCAUAAAGGUGAACUUGUUGCAAACUGAAGAAUGCAUCGAAGAAAGCACGUCCGGUUAAAGUGCUCUAAUGCUCUAGUUCCGUCACUGGUGAAGGGUUGAUCAUUUGAUGAUAACUUAUUUGGAAGAUGAAUAUUGCCUUGUCAAGCAAACUGAAUUCACUUCUGGCAUAUUAUGGCAAAUAUCUCAGGCUCUUUGAGCCCUUUCCUUCAUGGGCUCUAAUCCAUAGUUGUAUAAUGUGUCUGGUCAAUAAUGUGUGGAAAGAUUGAAUACUUUGUGUACAUAUAUGUGUUUCAGAUAGUGCUAUGGUCUAAAUCGUGCUUCUUGAAGUAAUUUUGAGAUGUAAAAGAUUGUUGAUCAACCAGAAUAUGAGCUCGUUUGUUUUGAAAACAA